AUGUAAUCAAGUGUUCAAUAAUCAUCGAUUAUUAAAAGAAGCACUUUUUUGAAUUAAUCAUAAGCAUUUACCACAACUAGUCGUACUAGUUCUGCAUUUAAAGAUAAUAGCGAUAAAAAAGAAUUAAGAAAGUAUAUUAUCGUGUUUAAUUUAUUAGAUAUCCAACAGAAUGGGUUGAAUAAAUUGAUAACAAAUCAGAUAAUAAAUUUCAUCACAAAAUACUUAAUAUAAGCAAGGAAGAUCAUUAUCCAAAUUUGGCUUCACCUAGUAAAAUCUUUGGUAAUUAAGAUGGGUAAUUUAUAUUAUUAAAUUAAAGAAACAACCCAAGUAGAUUUCAUACCUAGAAUGAUGAUAUGUUAUCAUCAUUUAGAAGAAAGAAUCAAUCUCUAGGAAAUUUGGGAAGUUGGUAAUUUUAAUCUCCUUCAACUCAAUCUAUUACAAAAGAUAAUAAUAAAGCUGUAGCUCAUUCUUUUUCUAAAAGAAUUGAUUAAGCAGUUCCAUUAUCCGAGUUAUUAGAAAUAUCAAGGCAAUUAGAUUGUUCUUAACCAGAGGAAAUAAAGUAAUUAUCAAGAGGCUACGUUAAUGAACUUUUUUCAUUGUCACAGAAAAUAGAAAGAGCACUUAAGAAUAUCAAUAGAUGA